CAUACACGCACCCCACACACACACGCAGACUGCAACCUGUCUACCAUUAGGCAGCAGCUUCACUGCAGAGAGCCAGCCAAAGGGGGAGGAGGGUUCCUACACCUUCCUCUCCCACGACACAACAGCACUUGGCACAGGUUCUGUACCCCGCUCACAAAUCCCCAAUCCAAGGCUUGAAUCCCAAGUUACAGCAGACAGAGGAGGGGUGGGCAGUUAUCUCUGGCUCUCAGCACUCCCAUGUGCCUGGUUAGAUCAUGGAGCUGCACUGUCUUCCCACUGAGACCCCCACCACAGCCAGCUCCUGCUCCACGGACCCCCUGUACGACAACUGCCCACCUUUUGCCCAGCGAGGGAGAGCCAGGGUAAAGGAAAUGGAGAGUAGGGUUGUGUGCCCGGCUGUAACCAGACUCCCAGGCCCCUGCAGCCCUCUGCCUGGUCUGGCCCCAGCUAAGAUUCCCACACUGGUCAGUGGGGGAAGAGGGACUGGCGCCUGGCCAGAUCACAGCUACUGCAGCUGGAGAGGUGGCCUGGGAAGAGCAGGCUGGGAAGCAGAGCUGGAUCCAGGCGUAAACAGAACAAUAGGCGGGGAGAGAGGAGGAGAACAGGGAGGUACCAGGGGAGUUGAGAACAGAGCUCAUCUGAACCAGAGCCCCAAUCCAUCCCAGAGUGAGGAGCACAGGAGUGCUCUCUCUCUGUAUGAUAACCUCCCUGAAGCUGUUACCCCUGACAGCCUCCAAGAGGUCUUUGACAUGGAAACAAGCUUCCAGGAGCACUUGCAGGAGCAGAUGUAUCGAGCAUGGGCCCCUGAGCAGCUCCAGGGACUGAUGGAUGAUGAGGGAGCAAGUGAAGACAAGAGCCCCUGGUCCUCCUGUGAGAUCAUCCUUGCUGAAAGUGGUUCUAGUAACCAGGGCCAGAAUCCAGACCAAGAUAAGAAGAGCGAACAGGAGCCAGAGCUGGACUCUGGAUUUAAGCAGGGGGACAAGAUGCUGCACCUCAAGCUCCCAGUAUCACCUCCUCAACAGCAUCUUGCAGCGAGUUCCCCUCCGUUAUCCCAAACUGAGUGCCAUGUUCUGUGGCCCCCAGCUGAAGCCCAUCACCCACAGCAGCCAUCCUGGUCCCCUAGGGUGCCCCCUCCCGUACCCCUGGCUGACCCCUCCGCGAGUGCCCUUCGCAGCCUCCUCACCAGCAUCCAACAGCAAAUAGUCAGACAGAGGGAGGAGUAUGAGGCACGAAUAAUCAGCCUAGAGCAAAGAAACGAAGAGUUGCAGGUAGAGGUCGUUCGGUUGAAAGCAAACCUCGUACAGCAGCGGCACUGGUACCAGGUUGUCCAGGCUAAGAUCGUGGAGUCUGAAAGGGCCCGGACUGCCGCAGAACUACGCAAUGCAACUCUGCAGAAGGAGAUGGAGCAGUUCUUUGACACCUUUGGAGAGCUCAACAAUGAGGCCAAGAAGACAGAAUGUAUUGUCAAGAGUUUUUAAGAAAAAGAAAAAAGAAAAAAAAGUGUGAUGAUAUGAACAGUGUGUGCAAAGUGAAGGACAACAGGCACAAGACUGGCUAGUCUUUAAACUCUAGUUAGGAUCUAGAAAAGUAAUUUGUCACGAUCGAUGCAGAAUGUCUUCACUAAGAAUCUGAGAAAUGUACAAAACAACAUCACUGAAAGAAAAUUAAUCACUGAUGUCCACUUUAUUAGUUACAUUAGGGCAAAAUAUGUUGGCCAAGUGAUUAUAUUGUGGUCAUUGCAAUCACACAGGACAUCUCUGAAAAUAAAAGGAGAAACAAACUGAACAAAAAAAUGUGAGAUGUACAGUGCAUACAAUGGAUCUUUUUUUUUUUUUUUAAAACAUGGUAAACACAUAAGAUGUUCUGAGCAUCGUAAUGCUCAGUCCUUAUCUGAUAAGAUUUUUGGGAGUGAAUUGGCCACUCCUCUGGUCAUUUAAGGCAUGACUGAAAGAAUAAGGUCAUGAUUUAUAAAAGGAAAAUAUAGUGUACAACAUGGUGCUUCAAGUCCUCAGUGACUCCAUAGUGUCAUUUUCUCUGCAUGUCCAUUACACUGUGCAAUCAGUUCUGCAAAAAGCAGCUCCAAGGUUCAUUUCAAGUUUCCAUCUUGGGUUCCAAGGUCCAGCAGAUUUUCAUUCAGGACUCCACAGUCACAUCCUCAUUUUAAACCACAUCUGCUUUUUGUUGAGGGGCCAACUUCCUCCAGUGACGCAGCCUUUGCAACUAGGUGACUACUGUCUUUAAGAACGAUUCAACGGACAUCAUGAAGGAGAGCGCUGCACAGUACAUCAUCGAUAACACACACACACACACACACACACACACACACACACACAGGCUUACAAAGCAAAAAAAGAAAGAAAGAAAAAAUACAACAUCUGCAUCAAACAGGCUUUCAGAACCAAGAACAUCAAGGUACUGUAAGUGAAAGAACUGACCUGAAUGGAUUUUUUAUAACAAGAACUACUGUAUCUUAAUGGCAUUUUUAAUGCCUUCAUGCAAGUUCAACACCAUUAUUUGUGUUUUACUGCCUUUACGUGUGUUCUACAUGAUGUCUGAGUCAUGAUUAAUUUUGUUACUGUUCCAGUACUAAUGGAAUGGUUCAGAAAAGGAGCAGCCAAUGCAUUGAUUUGUCCAUGAAAUGCUUUGACACGAGGCUUAACUUACAUGGGCCUCAAUGUGAUUGUGUGCAACAUUUUGCAAGAACACAAAAAUAAAUACUACAUGUAUCUUUUUGCCUCUCCCAGA